UCUCGGCAGCUGAUCCAGUUCCUGAUCUCCCUGGUGCAAUCCAACCGGAUCCUGGGCGUCAAGAGGAAAAUCCCGCUGAUGCUGAACGACGGCGGCUCCGCACAUUCCAUGCCCAAGUACAGCCGGCAGUUCUCCCUGGAGCACCACGGGAACGCCGCCUACCCCGCCGCGGCCCCGGCGCUGUCGGGCCCCGCGCUGUUCCCGGCGGAUCCCGGUCCCAACUCCGGCCCCAUCAUCUCGGACGUCACCGAGCUGCCCCCCAGCAGCCCCGAGGCCUCGCCGGGAGGGAGCCUGGACGGCAGGAGCAGCCCGGUGAUCCGGAUCAAGGAGGAGCCUCCCAGCCCCACGCGGAGCCCGCAGGUGGAGGAGCCCAAGAAUCCCGGGAAUCCCGGAAAUCCUGGAAAUCCCGGGAAUUCCGAGACCCCCCUGUCCCCCUCCACCUUCAUCGACUCCAUCCUGCGGGAGAACGACUCCGGAGCCGCUCCCGGGAAUCCCCAAUCCCAGGAAAAGUGCCUGAGCGUCGCCUGCCUCGACAAGUCGGAGCUGAACGAGCACCUGGACACGAUCGACUCCAGCCUGGACAAUCUGCAGGCGCUGCUCAGCACCCACGGCUUCAGCAUGGACAGCGCCCUGCUCGACGUGAGAGACAUGGGAAUUCCCGGGAUAAACUCUUCCCUGUUGGACAUCCAGGAUCUCCUUUCGAACCAGGAGCAGCAGAAACCGACGGAGACCGAACCCGGCGCGGGGGACUCCGGGAAGCAGCUGGUGCCCUGCACGGUGCAGCCGCUGUUCCUGGUGGAUUCCAGCGCCGUGGACGUGGGAUCCGGGGAUCUUCCCAUCUUCUUCGAGCUGGGGGAGGGGCCGUGCUUCCCGGACGGGGACGAGUAUCCCGAGGAGUAUCCCGAGGAGUAUCCCGAGGAGUAUCCCGAGGAUCCCGCGCUGCUCCCGCGGCCGCCGCCCGCGCCCAAGGACCCGGCCGUGUCCUAAAGCCAGGAUCGGGGACAGGGACAGGGACAGGAUCCCAAAGGGAUCCCCAGCAAGGAUCCCAGGCCGGGAUCGGGAAAAGGGAAGGAAGCCCCGAGUGACUCGUCCUGCUUUUCGCACAGACCCCGGAGCCGCCGCUCCCUCGGAGCAUCCCGGGGAAUCCCGGGGAGUCCCGGAGCAUCCCGGGGAAUCCUGGAGGAUCCCGGGGAGUCCUGGAGGAUCCUAAAUCAUCCUGGAGCAUCCCGGGGAAUUCCGGGGAGUCCUGGAGCAUCCCGGGGAAUCCCAGAGCAUCCCGGGGAAUUCUGGAGGAUUCUAAAUCAUCCCAGAGGAUCCUGGAGCAUCCCAGGGAAUCCUGCAGGAUCCUAAAUCAUUCUGGGGAAUCUCGGAGCAUUCCGGGGAGUCCCGGAGCAUCCCGGGGAAUCCCGGAGCAUCCCGGGGAGUCC